CAGUAUCUUUCUCUGGGGUUGUAUAACAGCUGAAGGGCCCGGCAACUUAGUCAAAAUUGAUGGUGGCCUUGAUGCAGUUCUUUACUGCCAAAUUCUGGAGGAGGAUUUGCUAGGCACACUGGAGUAUUAUCAGAUCAGUAAGAAUCAUAUCUACCUAUUACACGGCAAUGAUCCAAAGCAUCGGUCCAAAAUGGCACAGGAAUGGCUUAAGCGCAAUGAAGUUAAGAUUAUAGACUGGCCAGCAUACUCUCCUGGCCUAAAUCUAAUCGAAAACAUGUGGUAUUUCGUCAAAUGUGAACUUGCUAAGUAUGAUGAGCCGCCUAAGGGUACGUUGGAACUUUGGGAGCGUGUAGAGCAUAUAUGGAACAACAAAAUUGACAAGGAUAUAUGCCUAAGUUAUAUUAACUCCAUGCCAGAACGCAUAUAAGCUGUAAUAAAAGCAAAAGGAGGCGAAACAAAAUA